UGCUCCGUGCCCAAGCUUCCCCAUCAAGGCCUUCACGCUGCGACUACCGACCUCUCUCCCAUCCACCACCGUUACCGCUCUCUUAUCGCCACUCGUACCGUUGUUACCGAUCAUACCCAUCUCAGUAUCGUCGCCGUCGGAACUCUACAGACAGAAGCGAAGAUUCCUUGCGACGAUGACGUCGUCAUCUCCUUCGGAAUCGGCGCGCGAGAAGAACCCGCAGAGCCCGCUAGCUUCGCAGAGAGAAGCUCCAAGCCAGGAAAAGCGUGCAAGUGGCAGCCGCUUCGGCGGUGCGCUAUUCCCGCUGAGCUACAAGGAGGGACUAAGCCAAUGGUGGGCAGCAAUAACCCCCGCCACCGCAGAAGCCGCCGUGCUAUCGUUCCUCCCGUUUCACCACCCCACUCCCGCCGUCUCCACGACAAAUCCGCACUCAGAGUCUACGACGUCACCACCAGAGGCAGAUCCAUACGGCCCGCGCCAGUGCACCUCGACGCUGGUCCCGUUGUCGGGGAAGGACAGAGCCAUCAAUGAGUUCAGCAUCACGCGGACGGGUGAGCCACCGGCAAAAAAUCACUUGGUCCUUGUGCAUGGAUAUGGCGCGGGUCUGGCCUUCUUCUAUCGCAAUUUCGAUGCGUUAAGUCGAGUUCCGGGCUGGAAGCUGUGGGCUGUGGAUCUGCUGGGCUAUGGGCGGUCUUCGAGGCCGAACUUUACCAUCCAUGCGAAGGACCCAGAAGGGAAGAUCAGCGAGGCUGAGGAUUGGUUCAUUGAUGCCCUGGAGGAAUGGAGGAAGGAGAGGGGGAUCGAGAGGUUCACAUUGUUAGGUCAUUCACUAGGUGGAUAUCUAUCAUUCCGGUACUCGGUCAAAUACCCGGAGAGGGUCAACAAGCUCAUCAUGGCUUCUCCCGUUGGAGUUCCCGAAGACCCAUAUUCGGUCAAGCAACCCCUCCCGGAUGGCGACCAACUAUCCAACCUGGCCAACUCUCAAGACUCCAUGGCCCGUAGCAAUCCUAACCUUCCCGGCGGUCUCUCCGUUCCGGCCGAGGUCCAGCGCUCGACAUCCGCGCCCGGCUCCCCAGGUGCAUCCACCACCGCCCUUCCCGACGAGCGCGACGCUCUCGCCUCGCAACCUGCCUCACCCGCGCCUCGCCGGCCGCUACCCAAAUGGCUCGUGUACCUUUGGGACGCCAACGUCUCCCCCUUCUCUCUCAUCCGGUGGGCGGGACCUCUCGGCCCACGCCUAGUCUCAGGUUGGACAACGCGGCGCUUCCAACAGCUGCCAUCGGACCAACACCAAGCUUUGCACAACUACGCGUACUCUCUCUUCCGGCAGCGCGGCAGCGGCGAGUACGCACUCGCGUACAUCCUUGCGCCCGGCGCGUUCGCGCGGCGCCCGCUGAUCUGGCGCGUCCAAGACCUCGCGUCCAAAGUCGGUCCCGGCGGGAUCCCGAGCGUGUGGAUGUACGGCGACGGCGACUGGAUGGACAUCGCCGGCGGCUUCGCGGCCGAGGAGAAGAUACGGAACACCCCCGUUGCUACGGGCGAGGAUGGGAAGCCGGUCGCGAAGGGACACAAAGGCGGCCACGAGUGGAGGGGCGAGAAGAAGGGAACAGGUGGUGAGGCGAAGGUCCUCGUCGUCCAGAAUGCAGGUCAUCAUCUAUACCUUGAUAAUCAUGAGCAGUUCAAUCAGAUGAUUGUGGAUGAGAUGAAGGAUGUUGAGGAGAGGGGGCGGGGUGGGGUGAGGACAUAGCUACAGAGGAGGAUGAGGGCAUGGGGGGAUGGAAGGGGGAGGGGGCGCAUUGGUAGACUUGGUUGAAUGAGUUUGGCUUGAUAUGUCUUAGUAAUUU